CGUUUGACAGCUGACGCGUAACUUGUGGUUGUGAGUGUAUUUUUUUGUGAAUGAAACUUUGUAGUUUGUACAUAAAAUGAAAAGUUUUCAAACUUGAUCAAUAUUAAUGUUAUUAUUUUUCUUGGUAGCUAUACUAUUAUUACAAAAUGAAUUAUAGUAACCUGUUUUUGUGUACUAUAUUCAUAAUCUUCUUCGUACAGGAAGUUCAAAGUUUACACAAACGUUGCAUAAGAUGUAGAUCACGAGGAGACAUGGGGACAUGUGGUGAUCCUUUUCCUAUAAAUGUGACAGAGACUAUAGUGGAACAAGGGCUUCAUGUUGUGGCAUGUCCCUCGGGAUGGUGUGGCAAAUUACUCGAAGGCACCGUGGGAGCAUUUCGUACUGAUGACUAUGGUACUGCGACUGAGAGAAUGUGCCUUCAGAGACCCCCAAGUGAUUAUGAAGAAAGAUGCGCGUACACAAUGUGGAAUCGCAAGAAGGUUUACAUGUGUUUCUGUAAUGGUGAUCUCUGUAAUGCUGCAACUGGAAUCUCAUCAUACCCUCUGACUCUUAUAGUAGCAGUAAUAAUACCAAUAUUUAAGUAUUUUAUUUGAAACUGACUUAAGACUAUGUGAUACAUAAUUAGUAUUCUACAUUUUUAGAUAUGAGAUGUUAUAAUCAGUUCUACCAUUCAAAUUGAGGCCAAAUUGUAAAUUGAACCCUAUUAUCAGCUAAAAGGUCAGAAAUGAUAGAACAAUAUUAGUAUCAUGAAAUAAAAAUGCAAAUAGUAGUACUGAGAAUAAUGUAUAAAUGAAUAUGGGUCAUUUUUUACUAGCAUUAGAUAAGUUUAUGUCUUCACAUCACAAGUAUUGAAUAAUAUUAUUUGACUACUAUUAUCUUCUCUAUUUCCUUUACUGACAAUCUUUGAUAACCAGUCUUUUAAAACACGAGUUCCUUAUCAAAUUCUAAACUUGUUAAAUAAUAUUUAAUUAGUGCAUAUUAGAAUGUAUUAGCUGUUAACCCGUGGUAUGCCAGAACGUAGAUCUACGCAAGACAUGUUACAUGUUUUCUAUUGUGUCUCAUAUACCGGCUCAUAUACUCAAGAGGUUAAACAAUUAGCAAAUUUUUCAAAUGCUCAAGGAUAUAUUAUGAUGGAUAUAUGAACUUCUAUUUGUGUACAUACUUAAGUUCAAUUUCAAUAUUCUGAAAACUGUACUGUGAGUGUACAGGUGCAUCUGCAAUAAAUAAUAAUAAGUAUUAUUAUAAUAUGUAUUUGUAUUUAAAAAGAGAUGUAUACUCAAUUUACAUAAAACCUUUGAGGUUUUCUAGUACUUAAGUUCUAUAAAAUUGUGUUCAAACCAAUCACUGCCUUGUAAACUAAAGGAGUAAAUGUAUAAAUGUUAUAUACAUUAAAUUGUAUAACUUAUAUUUUAUGAAUGUUAUUUGUGAGCAAGUUAAUAAUGGUAGCUGUAGGUCAUUAAGGUAGAUAGAUAAUAAAAAAUUAAAAGAAUUUUAUUCAUGAUGUCCAUAAAUAUACAUUCCAAUUAAUAACUGAUAACAUUUGUUAGCAAUUAGUGCUUAAUUACAGUUAGAGUGACAUUAUUGUGUCGGUAUAAAAUUGAAAGGAAUAAUUAGUACAUUCUAAAAGAAAAGAAUCUCCUUUAUCUGUUAUUUCUGAUAGUAUAUUUUUAUAAAACAUGACUGUAUUUUUGCUAAAUCUUAUGUAAUCCUAUUUUACAAGUUGUCGUUUUUUAUGUGAUUACCUUAAAUUCAAGUACAGGGUUAUGUGUAACGAAUGUAUCGAAUAUUAUUUGUAUAUAUUUGUCUCAAUUAUAUUAUUAUUAUUCUUGUUGAAUAAGUGCGGCAGAGAUAGGUAACAUUAUGACAUGUAUCCUAUGAACUUAAGACAUUGGUUUGUGAAUAUAAAAUA